CCCGCAGGAGCGGCCUUGGCCGGCCGGGGCUGGCGGGGCGAGCGGGCGGGCCCGGCGUCGGCCCGGACCGGGGAGACCGCGGCCGCCGGGGCCUUCGAGGAGCGAUGGAGCCCGGGAAGAGAAGAACUAAAGAUGAUACUUGGAAGGCAGAGGACCUCAGGAAACACCUUUGGGCUGUACAAUCGGGUAGUCCAAAGGAAGAUAAGAAACAUAGAGACAAGAAGCUGCACAAGGAUUCAGAACUGGACCUCCUCGAAUACAAAGAGCACAAGUACAGGGACCCAGACCGAGAUGCUCGGCACAGAGACCUCUACACCUCUAAGGAGAAUCCCUACGGGGAGAGAGAUCGAGAGAAGCACAGGGAAAAGAGAAAAGACACCAAAGACCGGGAGAAAGAAAAGCUGAAAGAGAAACACCGGGACCAAGACGCAGAAAGGCUUCACGGCAGGGGAAAGGACAGAGAAAAAGAGAGGGAUAGAAGGCCUAGGAAAGAAGAGAUCAAGCAGACUGCCGCGUACCACAACAUCCUGGUCCGGGAGGCACGGGACCGGCAGUUGCUUGACAGAGCAGACAAGAAGACCCGCUCAGGUAGUAAAGUACGAAUUGAAGAAAAAGAAAGGAGAGAUGAGGAUUCUGAGAGGGUCGAUGAAGAUAGAGAAAGAAGAUACCGGGAGAGAAAGCUGCAGUAUGGUGACAAUAAAGACAACCCUCUCAAGUUCUGGCUUUAUAAAGAAGAAGAUGAGAGAAAACAUAGAAAGCCUAGAGAAGUAGAUAGAGAAAAGAAACACCAAGAAAAAGGCAGCACAAGAGAGAAGAGAGAAAAACAUUCGAAAGAAAAGGGGAACUUUCUCACUGACAAGGAAGGGGAAGAGAGACACAGAGAAAAACGGCAUAGGGACCUUGAUGAUGAGAGGCACCGAAACCACACUGAGAGGAAAGAGAGACUGUCCAAGGAAGAGCAUAAGAAGAAGGAGCCCAAGAAUGGUGAACACAGAAAUCGAGGUGCACGUUUGAAAAGAGAUGGGCCUGGCAGCCAGCAUGCAGAGAAUUUAGUAAGGAGUAUUGGAAAGGAUAAAGAUUCAAGGAGGAAGCGAAGCCGGGAAGAGGCUACCUCACUGUGGACGCUGCCUCAGCACCAGGAAGGGGAAGAACCAGUGGAAAUUGAAAAGGAAGCCAGUGAUUUACAGAAUGCUGGGCCUGAUGAAAUUUCAGCCAAUUUUGAAGAUGAUUUUGAAGAUUAUGAGGAUGACUUUGAAGUUUGUGAUGGAGAUGAUGAUGAGAGCAACUAUGACCCUGACUCACAAGAAAAAAGUGAGGAGCUUCCUCCAGCCCAGAAGAGAGAAAUACAAGAAAUUCAGAAAGCCAUCAAUGCAGAAAACGAAAGGAUUGGCGAGCUGUCUUCAAAACGUUUUCCAAAGCAAAGUCGGAUGGAGUACGAAAAGCAGUCCCGGGCAGAUGCAAACAUUUCCCCUUCCAGAACUCCUGUUUGUGGAAUUUUUGUGGAUUUUGCAACAGCCUCACACCGUCAAAAGAGCCGAAGUCAGGCCCUUAAACAAAAGACAAGAAGUACAAAACUACUUCGGCUUAUCGACUUAGAUUUUUCAUUCACUUUCUCCCUCUUGGAUUUGCCUCCAGUAAAUGAAUAUGAUAUGUAUAUCAGAAACUUUGGGAAAAAAAAUACCAAGCAGGCAUAUGUUCAGUAUAAUGAAGAUAAUGUUGAAAGAGACAUUCAGACUGAAGACAUAGAGACCAGGGAAGUGUGGACCCAGCACCCAGGAGAAAGCGCCCUUGUCUCGGGAGGUAGUAGAGACAGAGGUCUCUCUGAUGCAACAAUUGUACCGAAGAUUGAUACUCCAAGAUUAUCCAGUUUUCUCCGGGCAGCGUGUCAGGUGGUUGCUGUUUUGCUUGAAGAGGGUCGUUUGUCAGCCAGACCCAGUUGGCAGCUCACGGCUGAAGACAAUUCCCUACAUGUUAGUGACAGCUCCUGUCAGCUGAACACUGACCUGCCAUUCCUUCAAAAUCGCGAAGUGCUCUGCUUACAUGCCUCUCAGGUGCAGAGGCAGACGGUGGUCUCCGUCCACGACGUCCCCGGGAAGGCGUCCUUCCCGCCGCUGGACAGCAGGCUCCUCCUCUGUGUGUGGGACAUUUGGCAGCCCUCAGGGCCUCAGAAGGCUCUGAUAUGUGAGUCCAAGGUCACGUGCUGCUGCUUCAGCCCUUUUAAAGCAUUCUUGCUGUUUGCGGGGACAGUGCAUGGCUCGGUGGUUGUGUGGGACUUGAGAGAAGACUCCAGAAUACACCACUAUGUGAGGCUGAGCGACUGCUCCUGGACGUUCAGGACACCGACAUUUUCCACUGAUGGAAUCCUCACAUCGGUAAACCACCGAAGUCCUCUUCGGGCCAUAGAACCUGUUGCCACAUCUGUCUACAGAAAACAGAGUUUCGUGCUUUCUCCUUUCACGACUCAGGAAGAAAUGUCAGGUUUAUCAUUCCACAUUGCUUCCUUGGAUGAGAGCGGGAUUCUCAAUAUGUGGGUGGUUGUUGAACUGCCAAAGGCAGAUAUGGCAGGCUCAAUGAGUGAUUUAGGUCUCCUGCCUGGAGGGAGGAUCAAGUUGGUGCACAGCUCUGUGAUCCAGUUGGGUAACAGUCUUCACCGAAAAGACAUUGAAUUCUGGGGACCUACACAAACACUGAGUGUCAAGUUUCUGCCUUCAGAUUCUAAUCACUUUAUUGUUGGCACAGACCUGGGUUUUGUAAGCCAUGGCACAAGACAAGAUGUGAAGGUGUCCCCCAAGCUGUUCAAACCUCAGCAACAUGGUAUGCGACCAGUGAAAGUUAAUGUGAUUGAUUUUUCACCAUUUGGAGAACCAAUAUUCUUGGCUGGCUGCUCGGAUGGAAGCAUCAGGCUCCAUCAGCUGGCGUCGGAGUGGCCGCUGGCUCAGUGGGACAACAGCACUGAAGGCUCCGCCGUCUGCAGCCUGCAGUGGUCCCCGACGAGGCCCGCCGUGUUCCUGGUUCAGGAUGCUGCCUCCAGAGUCUACAUCUGGGACCUCCUUGAGAGCGACCUGGGUCCUGUGGCCACGCAGCUCAUCUCCCCAGACCGGCUGUUGGCCAUGACGGUCACGGGUGAGUCAGACAAAGCUGGUGGCAGCUUCCUGGCCCUGGCUCUGGCCAGGGCCUCUGGCGCUGUGGACAUCCAGUACCUGAAGAGGCAGUGGACAGUCCCGAAGGCCGACGAGCAGAGCCAGCUGCACCUGCUCCUGCAGGAAGGCCUGUGGAGCAGCGAGCACCCCCGGAGGGGCCCACGCGGGCCACCGCACGCCUGAAGACUGCAAGGACCGCUAGGUCUGUGUGUAUAUUCUGUACAUACGUUUGCUUUACAGCAGUGUUUCUGCGGUAGUCCCAGUAAAUAAAUCACUAUUUUUGGAAACAAAUGAACCCUUUAGCGUAUGCUGAACUUCAAAGGAAGUAUUAAGUCAUGUCCAGAUGCUUUUCUUCUAGGAGUUAUUUUUGAACCAGAUCUAAAAUACUGUCACAUUUAUCACUAGAUUUUAAACAGUCCAUGGAAAAAUGGGCUAUUUUCUUAGUCAUGUAUAAAAUGGUACACACAUGACUAGAUUAAAAGGAAUUGCUCCAUUGCAGUGAGCUCUGCUAACUGUGUUUUCUUGGGCAUAACCUUACUGUUGCUUGACUGUUGUUUAGUUGACCACAGUUUGCAUGAUCUCUUAGUACUAAAAUUGUCUUUGUGUAGAAAUAAUACAGGUAAAUAAAACUCG